AAACAACUGAGAAAGCCUACAGUGAACCCGGGGCUUUUUGAGCCUUUUUUAAGCAGGUAAUUCAGCCUUUGAUACUAAUAGAUUCAGAUGAAAUAAUUAAACCCAUUGCCAUAGUUUCAUGUUUUUUAAAUAUAUACUAUUAAGCCUAGGAUAUCUCGUUCAACAUAACAAAUUUUCACACUCUUAUUUUGAAGCCUCAAAUCCCAUGUCUUCCGGUCCCGUUUGGCGCUGUUUGCGUGUCACUUGACUCGUCAUGGUGUGAUAGGAGGGGACAAUCCUGAACCGUACUCAUUUCUGCUCUUACGUCCCCCGCCGGAGAAAGUGUCCGCUGGUUCCGAUGAAACAACUCAGUCGUAACUCAGGGUGUAUUUCAUAACCCGGGCCGACCAUCCUCCCACAUGCGCUGACACACGUCUCCAGAUAUUACACACAUCCCGUCGGGCGGCGGAGGGAACCUUUUGCUUGGCUGGCUUGACACAUAGUGAAUACAUUACCAGAGACGCGCAGAGGUGGUGGGGGGGAAGAUGUUGCUGAAGGAGUACAGGAUAUGCAUGCCCCUCACGGUGGAGGAGUACCGGAUUGGGCAGCUGUACAUGAUCAGUAAACACAGCCAUGAGCAGAGUGAUCGAGGGGAAGGGGUGGAGGUCGUCCAGAACGAACCCUAUGAAGACCCGACACACGGCCAAGGACAGUUCACAGAGAAACGAGUCUACCUCAACAGUAAAUUACCCAGCUGGGCUCGAGCAGUGGUUCCCAAAAUCUUCUAUGUGACAGAGAAAGCGUGGAACUACUACCCUUACACCAUAACAGAAUAUACUUGCUCAUUCCUGCCCAAGUUCUCCAUCCACAUAGAGACAAAAUAUGAGGACAACAAAGGAUGCAAUGACAAUAUCUUCGACACCGAGCUGAAGGAGCAGGAGAGGGAGGUGUGUUUCAUCGACAUCGCCUACGAUGAGAUCCCCGAGCGCUACUAUAAAGAGUCUGAGGACUUGCGAUAUUUCAAGUCAGAGAAGACGUCACGGGGGAUACUACAGGAGGGCUGGAGGGACACACAGGAUCCCAUCAUGUGCUCAUACAAACUGGUCACCGUCAAGUUUGAGGUGUGGGGUCUGCAGACACGCGUGGAGCAGUUCGUACACAAGGUGGUUCGUGAUGUGCUGCUGCUGGGACACAGACAGGCAUUUGCCUGGGUGGAUGAGUGGAUUGACAUGACAAUGGAUGAGGUGAGAGAAUUUGAGCGCACCAUCCAGGAGGCCACCAACCAGAAGAUUGGGAUGUUUCCCCCGUCCAUCUCCAUCAGCGAGACGCCCCUGUCCUCCUGUGCUCUCACCGGCCCUGCCAGCGCCCCCUCCACCCCCAUGUGCACUGAUGCGCCUGAGUCCCUCUCUGUCCCCAAGGACCGACCCCGCAAAAAGUCUGCUCCAGAAACCCUGACCCUCCCCGACCCUGUGCCAAGCGGCGUCCCCCAGGGCUCUACCCUGAGCCCACUACCCAUUUCAAACCACCUCCAGUCAUCCACACCGCCCUCCUCCAACUCUGAUCUUGCUGAGAUGGACAAGCAGUAGAGGGACCUUUGGAUGUCACACCCCUUGCUUAACUUAUGCCCUCAACGCCAUUGUCUUAGUAGCCCAGUGAGACUAGCCUAACCUCCAAACACCAGUGCCCAGACAUUCAAGUUCUCUAGCCAUAUCCAAUGAUUUUCCAUAAUCCUGGACACACAGCAAUCGCUCUAGAAGUCUUCAUCAGUGUCACUGAUACCAUCUAGGCAGCUGUACGCUCAGCCACCCUGACGUGGCAGACUUCCUCUUGCUGUGAGUCAAGCCAGCGAUAUGUCUUAUCUAUUAUAACAACACCCUUGAUGUCUAAUCAAAACAAAGAAUUAUUAUAUAUAAUUAUUUUAGUUGAGCAGUACAUCCUUACGUUAUAUGAGUAAAUCAUUCUCAUUGUUUCUUUAGUUAUGUUUUCUUCAAUCAGAUGAGCUGAUUGCUUUCAAGCUAUUUAACAAUGAAGUAGUUGCCUUAGCACCAAAGAGCCAGUGGUGUUUAUUAGUUUUGACAAUGUGUGCAAAUGAAUGACAAAUAUCAUCCCUUUCCAGUCUGUAGAAUGACUGUAUGCAUUAAAUUAGAAAUGAAAUCAGUGGCUCAAAGUGGAGUAGCACAGUAGACCCAAUAUUUUAGACUAACACACAUACCAGAAAAACAGCCAAGUGCCCUCAUGAAACUAUCACCUAGCAACUGUGUCCUGAGCCAUCCAAACUGGCCUGUGGAUCAGAUUGCGUCCAUCCUUUUCCAUCCCAAACUCCAAUUAUACAACAAAUGCAAGAACAGUACAAUCAUCGAGAGUUUGCACCUCAGGUCUCCCCAACUCUACCUGGCUCACACUCCAAAGGCAGGGAUAUUACUGUACCUUUCUGUCCCUGCUUAUUGCCAAACAGCCACAUUUUAUACCUCCACAGAUAUUACAAUACAGCAACUACUGUAUGUACUAUACCAAUAUACUUAACCCUUAGAAUGUUUACACAUGAGAAACCUUGGAGCAUUUGCAUAUUAGCCGCAACAUUUUAGGUUAACCUGUUGUUAUAUCUGCACUUGCGGUUUUAGCAUGAAAGUUUGAUGAUUCUAAAUGAUUCUAAAAUUGAAUUUGUUGAAGUUUAUUAUUGCAUAUAUCUUACUCAAGUUGACUGAGAGGUCAGUACCAAAAGAAGAAGGAAAAAAAAAAAAAACCUUAGUCAAAUAUUGCCUGAAAUUAAUGCUGGACAUCUCAUGUGACAUAAACGUGAUCCAAUUUUAUCAAAUCAGCAAAUCAUUAUAAUGUCAUAUGUAGGAACAAGGCCAUUUUGGGGAAUUUUUAAGCAGUGACUGAUCUUUGUGCACAGUGGAGGUAAUGAAAAACCCAAAGCUUGAUUUGAGAAGAAGGGCACGUGCAUCAAGCUGACUUGAGUAUGUGCUUUGUUGGCUAUGAAACGUUUGCAGAGAUGCUGAUACUUUUGCCUUGCUAGUGCUGGUUGGUAAUACCAAGCCAGUGCUUUGGUGAGAGCAUAAAAUGAUUUUGGAACAGGAACAUCCUUUGCAGUGACCCAUUGUUUGUGCUGGGCUUGCACUGCUAAUUUCCAUGUAAAACCCUGAAGGAGAAACAUAUACAUGAAGACAGAAAGUUAUUCUUUGAUGGAAAACCCUCUUUUUCCAUACAAUGAUAUUAUUCAAAGAAAGGGUUUUUAUAUGCUGCAUGGAAUGAUUAUAACAUAUAUACAUAUUAUGUGAGGUAUAUAUAUGUAUAUACUGUAAAUGGCUGGAUUGGUACAGUACUUUUGGUGAUGCAGCUGUUUGAAAAAAAGUGAAUGCUAACUUUGGAAGCUCUGUAGUAAUUUUGUAUAAUAGAAAAAGCUGAUUUUGAGUGAAAUGUAAGCAUGCCCAGAGAAUAUACUGUAGGCCUACAAACUCUUUUCAACUCAGUGCCUCUGCAUGCAACAAUUGUAUUGUCACCUACAUAUGUGUAAACCAAAAUCUCUUAUAUUUCAGCUAUAGACACACAGAAUUUCAUUGCAUUUCUCUGCCUGUUUUCUAUCGCAAAUGUUGCAUUUAACCUAUAAUUAAAAGUGGGCCACAGCCCCACUCACAGCAGCUGAACUACAACAUUAUCAGAUCAAUCAUAUCAAACUACAUCAUCAGACUUUCAAGUAACAGGGCUAACUUGCUAUUAUUUUUUAGGAAAUUAGUACAUUUUUGUUCCCCUACUCAUACCAAUUACUUCUAACUUUACAGCGCAAAUGCAUUUUGCACUUUCCAGUCUUUGAUACCUUAUUUGACAAUGAAGGAAUGUGUUACAUUACAGUCUUGUUCGGUUUGUUGGACCAAAGUCCUAUAAUACAGCAUAGUGACUUCGAAGAGAGCAGGUUGAAGAGAGAGAGUCCUCAGUGGUCUUGCCAUAAAAUAUUGUUAAUAUUAUGUACAGUUUCUCACUUGCUUUUGUUAAAAAACAAAACAAACUGUAGCUAUUUAUCUGUAACUGUAGCUUUUGUCUUUGCCUUUUGAGGAUAAAAAUGUUAUAUAAUACCAGUUACCGGCCCUCUGUAUUGAUCUAUUAUGUAUAGAUUAUACAUACAUAGAACUCUGGUAUUGACCAUCUCUCUUGUCAGGAACACAGAGAUCCAGGGAUAGAUCCAGAUCUACCACGGGCUAUUAAAAAUAAUGCAAAUUAUCCAAUUGUGUAACAUUAAACUCUGCUCUGUUUAAAAGAGUAACAUAUUAGGUAUUGUAAAUACUGUUGUUAAUGACUAAUAGAGUAGGUUUCUUACAUUGAAUCUGUUACGAGUUGCAUUGCUGGUGUGACAUGAAUGUGGUCAAAGAUUUUAAAUGGACAGAGAAGGAUAUUAUUUAGUGUUUGUGUGAUAAUGACGUCUUCACAGACAUGAAUUAAAAGUUUGUUUUAAUCUAGGAGUAAUAUGUGUCUGUAUCUAUGAAGUCAUUGUCAUCUAUUGAGGAUACUCAAUUCAGUUAAGUUUACUCUUCUCAAUUGAGUAUCAAGACUCCUCAUUGUGGUGGUGUACUUUGGAUUCUUCAGUUGCUUUUGGUGACCCUGCAGGGCAAAAUUAUUUGUACACAUAGCAAAACAAAAUGAAGCUUUUCUUUUUAGUGGGGUGGCUGCUUAGACGUUUACUUGCCAUAUUAAUUAAAAGGUGAUUGGCUUUUCCGUUGUUUCUUUUUCUUUUCUUUUUUUUUUGUUGGUAGUAGUAAACCUGCUGUACUUUGAUUUUGUGGUUGCUGUAUUGUUUGAAGGAAAAAUCUGAAUUAGUUUAUCAUUAUUUCUUUUGAUAAAAGGACCAAGCUCUUCACUCCUCCUCCCCUCUUCCUAAUGCAGUUUGCAUUCGGCCAGGCUGUUGUGCUGUCUCUUGAUAACUGGGACCUGUCUCGUCAUCCAGGAUCAAUGAGUAAGCUGGAGAACUGCACUGAGUGAAACCAGGAGCAGCGCAGUGUACUUCUGCCUGUGUCAAAGAGCUCAGGUGUGGUUCUAGCUUAUCCAGCUUUCUUCAUUAAUCCUGCUUUGUGAGACAGACCCCAGAAGUGCCAUUCUUGAUCGGCUGCUGGAAGUCGCUCUUAGUUCUUCCACUUUAACUAUUAUUGUAUUUGUUAUAUUUUUACUGCCCUUUGAGGUUCAUUUGGUUCUUUGUUGUAAUUAUUGUUUUACUUUUCUGAAAUAGACAAAUAAACUUUACUAGCUAUUGCA